GUUAGCCUUAUUUCCUGAUAAAGCUAUUACAUUGCUUGGGUGGGCUUGUGUCUGAAGUUCUUUAGCCCAGUUUUUGGCUCUGCCAGAGGACUCAUCUGUGAUAUCAUAUACAACUAUGGCUGCUUGUGCUUCUCUGUAGUACAUGGUGCUAGGCUAUGGUAGCAUUCUUGACCAGCUGUAUCCCAUAUGUCAAACUCUACUGUUGUGUCAUCAAGGCACAACAGUGUCUUAUGGUACUCUCUUGAAAUUCAUGAAAUUGGCCCUUCACAAAAUGCAGUUACAGGCUUGAUUUGCCAACACCAGACUCUCCCAGAAGUACUAGUGUGAACUGGCAUAUAUUAUUUCCAGUAUUUGGCCCGUUGGGUCUUGUUGCUCCUUAAUUAGCCAUGUCCAGAUUUGAAAGAAAGCCCUAAUUUUCAGUGUCUUAAGUGAACUUCCAGGAUGCAAGGUGUCAACUUUUUUUCUUUCUGGAUGCAAAGAAAGCUGAACAACUGCACCAUGCGGAGCCAUGGGGAUAAAAGCCUCCCUGGCAGCAGGUCCCAGGCAUAACCCGAGAAGAGGCUGAGGCUGUCGCUUACCAGGUAGCAUAUUUCCUUCUCAGGCCACCCCCUUCAGACUCGGAUACAGUGUUUCAAAAUUCUAUUUUUAAUGUGUGAUUGAACUGUCAGCAAAGUAAGGGAAUUAGUAGGAGGGGCAGGGUUAUUGAGAGUGGGAAUCCAGAGAAAUGAUGAGCUCUGCAACCAGCAUUUGUCCUGACUAGCACUUACUGUUUUCUGAAGGUCUGAAACUUGAGUUUUAGCAAGAAAAAGGGACAAAAGGCCUGCAGCCCAUUCAUGAUGGAAAUUUGGAUUGGAGAUCUCUCCAUGUGAAAUUACAAGUCCUUCUUAGUUAAAAAACAAAAAACAAAAACAAACUUGGAAAACAUACCCAUAGAAGAAGACACUAGUGUGUUUGCCUUUCUUUGAUGUGACUCUAGAUAGAACGGGGGAGAGAGAGAGAGACUCAAUACUUUGAGAAACACAAUAUACUCAUGUAGGCUUGGAGCCAGAAUUCACACUGUCUCUGUGGCAAAAACAAAAACAUCCCUCCAUUUAGUUGAAAAUGAUCUUGGGUUUUUAGUAUUCAAAGGGGCCUAGAAGAAUCAACACAGAUACUUGUUACGGGAGAGUUUUAAGCACAAGCCUCCAAAAAUUACAUAUGAGCUCAUAACUAAAAAUCAGUAAACAAAAUAGCAAUGAGAUAUCAUCAUGCACCUAUUAGAAUAGCUAAAAUCCAGUACACUGACAGUACCAAAUGCUAGCAAAGAUGGAAAAAUUAGGAAACACAUGAGGAGGCAAGGCACCGUCAGAAUCUACACAAACUACCUACCAUCCAAACCAAUAUCUGCACCAACUGGAAUUAUAAAUGACAGAAUGUGAUUUACUGGGUUGAAGGCAAUAUUGAAAGAUAAUGCUGGGAACCUUUCAGAAUUGAUGAAAGACAACAACCCUCUGAUUAAGGAGGCCUCACAAUUCCCAAGCAGGAAAUCUAAACAACAAUAAUAGUUUCAGUGCUAAUACUUGACAAGCAGGAAUGCUGAAAAGUAAUGAAGCAAGCAUUUAACUUAGUGUUAGAAAAAUAAUAGAAUGAACCUGAAGUAGGUAGAAGAAAGGAAAUAAUAAAGAUAAUAGACAUAGGUGAGAGUUAUCAGGAAAGAUAAAGUUCGUUGUUUGAAAAGGCUAAUAAAUAUCAAAAUGAGCAGGAUUAAGGGGAAAAAAAGUAGAAAUAUUUUUAGGAAAAAAAGACACAACUAAAAAUGUAGGCAGCAACUCUAGCCAAUAAAUUUGAAAAAUUAGAUUAAAUGAACAAAUUUCUAGAAAGAGUACUUCCCAAAAUUUAUUCAGUAAUAGGAAAUUCUAGUGAUUUUUAUUAUCUAAUUACUAAUAUAUAUUAUCUUUACAAAGACAUCAUAGGCUCAGAUAAAUUUACAAACAAGUUCUACUGAAUGUUUAGGGAAAAAUAUAAUUCCAAUAUCACAUUAAUACUGUAUUUCAUUAAGUCUAAAACAGUACCCCUCCUCUGACUUUAACAUCUCUGAAAUUGGGUUAGAUCUUUAAUUGAUAGUGUUUUGCAAUCUCCAUUGGCAAUUGUUAAACACUUGAUAUCAUCUCUGAAUUUGGGAUCUCUUUUACAAUGUAAUAAUAUCCAUCAGUCUCCUUCUCCUCAUAUUUUUAUGACAUCUCUGAAGUCAGGAAUGUAGCUGAUAGUUGAUGGCAUCUUAGAAUAGAAAUGGACAAAUAAAAAUUCUUGUGUAUGGAAAGCAGACAUUACAAAGAAAAGCUACAAGAUAUUCCUGCUCAUCAAUUUAGAUGAAGAAGUUCUAACAAAUUAUUAGCAAACUGUUGAAUCAAGCAAGAUAUAAAGAAACAAUGCAUUAUAACCACAGUGGGGUUAUUUCAGGCAUUAUAAGGAUGGCUUUGGUAUUAGAAAAUCUGCGAUUGUCAUUUAACAUACAGAUUAUGGGAGAAAAACUAUGUUGUCAUCCCAUUAACAAAAUGUAUUUGAAAGUUUUAACAUCCAUUAUGGUAAAAAAAAACUGUAGCAAAUUAGAAAUAGGAACAAAUGCUAUCUUAACCUUAUAAAGUAACAAUUAGGAACAAGGAAAAAGUGUGUACCAUCUACACUUCAUUACGAUAUUGUACUUGAAAUUUAGCUAGUGAAUAAUGUAAAAAAAAUAAAGGAGGAAACAAAAUUUAUUUGCAGCUAGUGUAUAGUUGUUUAUAUAGAACCUCUCCCAAAUUCACAGAUAAAUUAUUAAAAUCAUUAAAAAAUUACUGAAUAUAUGUUAACUCCAGUUCUAUGUACCAGUAACAAAUGGUUGGAAAGAUGCAGUUCAAAAAAUGCCACUUAAAACAACAGAAAAUAAGGUGUACGUAGGCAUACAUCUAAUAAAUCUAACAGAAUAUCUUUAUGUAGAAAAGUAUAACAUUAAGAUGAUGUAUUCUCAAUAAAUGGAGAGAUAUAUUUUCAGUUAAAUAGGCAUACCAUGUUUCCAGUAGGAAAAUUCAGUAUUAUUUAGUAUGGCACUUAUCAAAUUGAUUUUAUCUGUUCAAUGUAUUUUGAAUCCAUAUCUCAACAGGAUUUUUUCAUGAUACUUGAUAAGAUUAUCCUAAACUGUCUAAGGAUAACCAAGGGCAAAGAAGAGUGAAGACCCUCCUGAAGAAUCAGAGCCAGGCAAGGGUCAGGGGUUAUUUAGUACUUACCAUAAUGCUCUGGUAAGUUAGACAGUAGGUGUUGGUGCUGAAAUAGAGACAAAUGAAAUACAACAGAGACUUAGAAAUAAUGUUAUUCGUUAGAUUUCUACAUGACAUUGUGUUAAAGGCAAAACUAUGGAAACAGUAAAAAGAUCCUUGGUUUCCAGGAGUUAGCAGGGAGGCAACAAUGAAUAGGCAGAGCACAGAAGGUUUUUAUGGCAGUGAAAAUACUCGGGAUGAUACUGUAGUGAUGGAUACAUGUCAUUAUGCAUUUGUCCAAACCCAUGGUAUGUACAUCAAAAAAAGUAAACCCUAAGAUAAGCUAUAGACUUUGAUUAUGAUAUGUCAAUAUAGGUUCAUCAGUUAUAACAAAUGUAUCACUCUGGUGAGGGAAAUUGAUAAUAGGAGAGACUACAUAUGUGGAGAGCCAUGUGGAUAUAUGGGAGAUCUCAAUUUUGCUGUGAACCUAAAACUCUAAAAAAUAAAAUCUUAAAAAAAAAAAAAAAUCAGUGUACUGGAAGUAUACUCACCUUACCCAAACAUCACGGCAUGGGGCAAAGAGGAGAAACUUCACCAGUGUACUAUCAAGACAAGAGCCAAAUUCAGAAAAAAAAAAUUGGGCAGAGUUUACCCAAACAAUUUUUCCUUGGUUUACAAAGAAAUAGUACAAUGGUAUAGGACUUUUUGGGUGAUGACAGCUCUUUUAUAUUGAGUAUCCUGUUUCUUGUAUCACCUUUUGCUAUCACUUUUUGAUAGAAUAUGUAUUGUAGUACAGCCAUUUUCAAGUGGUGUCUUUUGAGGGAAGUAAGGCUUGUGGAAAAUAAUUUAAGUGAGUAUUUUCUAAGUUCUCCCAAGGAUUAUGGUGCAUGGUUAGAGCUAUUAUAGAUGUAUGGAAGAAAAAUUACUUCAUUUUGAAGAGUGGACAUUUUAGUGCACUAGCCCUAAUGAACCCUAAGUGAGAGGGACUACUCUAGUAAAUUAUUUGAAAAUAUGCAUGGAAAGUGAAUUUUUGGUCUUGCAUGUGUAAAAAUAUCUUUAUUUUACCCUAAUAUGUAAUUGAUAGUUUGGCUGGGUAUGGAAUUCUAAGUUGAAAGUCAUUUUCCUUCCAACUUGAAACCAUUGCUUAUACUGUAUUUUUGUCCUAAUUCCAGAAUAAUUGCUGAUAUCAGUAGCUUAAUCUGAUUUCUGAUCUAGAGGAACUUGUUGUUAUCAAUUAUGUGCAGAAGGAUUCUUUGGCAUAAAUAGGGCUGGUUCUCAGUUUUUGUCAUUGCUAGUUUGUGAUUUAAGCUUUGUGUGAUCUGCAAAACAAUGACUCUUUGUUAAUUUCAUGCUUUCCAGUGUCAAAUGUAUGUUGUUGAUGUAUCCUGUCCUGGAUACAUACUUGUGGGAUACAUACCUAUACUUUUUUAUGAUUUUAAAAAAUUAACCCUUUAUUAUAAUUUUAGUUGAGUUUUAGGAGGGAACACAUUAGGUUAGUGUCUUUAUUCUGCCAUUUUAAUCUGGAACUUUGCUAGAUUUUAUAUAUAUUCUCCAGUUUGAUCCUUAUAACAAUCUGAUAAUAUAGGUAGUAGUAUUUUAUAAAUGAGAGGACAGAGACCCACAUAAAUUAACUUAAUUGCUUCAAUGCAUCCAGCUGGGAUUUGAACCCAGGCAAUUUAAUUUCAAAUCCUGCUUAACCAUUACACUAUAAUGCCUUGAGAUGCAAGCACCACUGCAUGAAUUAAUUAUAAUUAUUUCUCUCUUGUCUAUAAUUAAUGGUCAUUUAUAUUUCAUGACAUGGAGAAAAGAAAAAAAAACCCUCAAAUCCCUGUUGUAGUUGUAAUUAUCAACCAUUAACUUAUUUUUGCCACUAAUUGAUUUUGAAAUGCCUUUGUCCAAGAAAGAUCACGUUACAUAAAGGAAAUUGAAUUUGUUUGUUGUUAAAUGUCCUGUCUAGUAAAGAGAAACAGUCUUGGACUAUACAGGAUGCUGUUGUAUAGGAGUGGAGAACUAGCCUGGAGCCAUAUGCAUAAUAAAAGGAAGGAAACUGAGAUCUUAUGGUAAAGUACCUAUAAAAAUGAACCACUAAGUCAGUUGUAACUGAGUUAGUUUUUCAACUAAGAGAGUGUAUUUCUAGGUUGGAACUCUGACCAGAAAAAAUUCAGGAUAUAUAGAGGAAGUAAUUGACUAGAGCUUUUUAAUUUCAAUUAAGGUAGAAUAAGGAAAAUGGAUUUUAAUAGAACUAGGAAAGAAUUCAUUGAAAUGUUAAAGGUUAGUUAUAAAGAGAGCAUAGUGUAUUGUUUUGGCUGUUGGUACUUCCCUGUAGAUUUAAUGAUGUGAGAUAAUACUAGUAACUUGGUAUUAACCUAGUAAAGAAAGAUAUUUCCAUUUAUUAUUGUGACAAUAAAGCUGCAUUUUACUUUAAAUAGGAGAAUUUUAAGUGGAAAAUCCUCAUUGGUAGAUGAUAUAUUUUGAAAAGUUUAAAUGCAGUGAAGAUGAACUAUAGCAGCUCAUUAUCUGUUUCAAGGAAAAUGUAUUGGAGCAUUCAGCAUUAUUAUGGUGUCUUUUCAAUCUUUUCUGUUGAUUGGUUUGCAGUAACGCUGUCAGUGACUCCUGUAUCUUUGCUAGAGGUAAAACUUAAAUAUUUAUUUUCUGCUUUAGCUGUUAGAAUCCAUCAAAAUUGCACUUGAAAGAGUAUCUUUCCUUAUGAAUUCUUAAUCAUGGCUGAGGCAAGCAGUAAGUUAGAUAUAGAUCUAGAGGUGUCAGGAAAGAUAAACAGUGUUGUGUUUAUAUCCAUUUCUAAAGUAAGCAAAAACUAGAAAGAAUCGGAAGAGGUGGGAAGUGUGGCGGAUACUACAAAAACAUAACGGAUGUGAGAAAAGGGUUGCAUUUUACUUCAUCCUGAAUCUCUAAGUAUUGAUCUUGCUUUGUUUUACUAAGACACCAAUUCAGUUCAGGGCAUUGCUGGUUUGAUAAAAAGGAGAAACAUUAGGGGAAUAGCCUUUCUUGUUUAUCAGUUCAUUAAAAAAAGAAAAAACCCACUAGCAUGGCUUAAUGCCUUUUCUGUUUAUUGCUGAUCUGACAGUCUCUGGUCCUUCUCCUUUGCUGUUAAAUGUGUGUGUCCUUUGUUUGUGCUGGUGGGUUUCGCUACAUUUGGAUUUGAGAGAAAAGCCUCUUGUUGCUGUACUGAUCUAAUUAGCCUUCUGGGUGAACGUAUACGUUAAAUAGACCUUCUAAGCCAUGAAAGAAGAGAGCUCACAACAACGUAGAUUUUCUUCUUGUACUGUGUUUUCGCCUGUUUUAUUUCCUCCACGAAUUGAUGGCCGAAAGCUUGUCCGGAAUGCUUCAUUUGGAGGAUACAAUGAACUUUCUCCUUCAUUGCCAGGUUUGGACAGAGGAAAGGAAGACAUUUCUCAAAAUAAAGAUGAAUCUUCACUUUCUAUGUCAAAGAGCAAGUCUGAAUCUAAACUUUAUAAUGGCUCGGAGAAGGAUAGUUCAGCUUCAAGCAAGCUCACAAAAAAAGAAUCUCUCAAGGUGCAAAAGAAAAAUUACCGAGAAGAAAAGAAAAGAGCCACAAAGGAGUUACUCAGUACAAUCACAGAUCCUUCUGUUAUUGUUAUGGCUGAUUGGUUGAAGAUUCGUGGUACUUUAAAGAGUUGGACCAAGUUGUGGUGUGUUUUGAAACCUGGGGUGCUACUGAUUUAUAAAACCCAGAAAAAUGGUCAGUGGGUAGGAACAGUCCUUCUGAAUGCCUGUGAAAUCAUUGAGCGUCCAUCAAAAAAGGACGGCUUUUGUUUCAAACUUUUUCAUCCUUUGGAGCAGUCUAUUUGGGCAGUGAAGGGCCCCAAAGGCGAAGCAGUUGGAUCUAUAACUCAACCCUUACCUAGCAGUUACUUGAUCAUCCGAGCUACUUCAGAGUCAGAUGGAAGGUGCUGGAUGGAUGCUUUGGAGUUGGCCUUGAAAUGUUCUAGUCUUCUUAAACGUACAAUGAUCAGAGAAGGAAAGGAACAUGACCUGAGCAUUUCAUCAGAGAGCACACAUGUGACUUUGUAUGGCUUAUUACGUGCUAACAAUCUCCACAGUGGUGACAACUUUCAGUUAAAUGAUAGUGAAAUUGAACGGCAGCAUUUUAAGGACCAAGAUAUGUAUUCUGAUAAAUCUGAUAAAGAAAAUGAUCAAGAACAUGAUGAGUCUGACAAUGAGGUGAUGGGGAAAAGUGAAGAAAGUGACACAGAUACAUCCGAAAGGCAAGAUGACUCUUAUAUCGAACCUGAGCCCGUGGAGCCUUUAAAGGAGACUACCUACACUGAACAGAGCCAUGAAGAACUAGGAGAGGCAGGUGAGGCUUCUCAAACAGAAACUGUGUCUGAAGAAAACAAAAGCCUUAUCUGGACACUGUUGAAACAAGUCCGUCCUGGCAUGGACCUGUCCAGGGUGGUUCUGCCGACAUUUAUUUUGGAACCUCGUUCUUUCCUGGAUAAACUUUCAGAUUAUUACUAUCAUGCAGAUUUCUUAUCUGAGGCUGCUCUUGAAGAAAAUCCUUACUUCCGUUUGAAGAAAGUAGUGAAAUGGUAUUUGUCAGGAUUCUAUAAAAAGCCAAAGGGACUGAAGAAGCCUUACAAUCCUAUACUUGGUGAGACUUUCCGUUGUUUGUGGAUUCAUCCCAGAACAAACAGCAAAACAUUUUAUAUUGCUGAACAGGUAUCCCAUCAUCCACCAAUAUCUGCCUUUUAUGUUAGUAACCGAAAGGAUGGAUUUUGCCUUAGUGGUAGUAUCCUGGCUAAGUCCAAGUUCUAUGGAAAUUCAUUAUCCGCAAUAUUAGAAGGAGAAGCACGAUUAACUUUCUUGAAUAGAGGCGAAGAUUAUGUCAUGACAAUGCCGUAUGCUCAUUGUAAAGGAAUUCUUUAUGGCACAAUGACACUGGAGCUUGGUGGAAUCGUCAAUAUUACGUGUCAAAAAACUGGAUACAGUGCAAUACUUGAAUUCAAACUAAAGCCAUUUCUAGGUAGCAGUGACUGUGUUAAUCAAAUAUCAGGGAAACUUAAAUUGGGAAAAGAAGUCCUAGCUACUUUGGAAGGCCAUUGGGACAGUGAAGUUUUUAUUAAUGACAAAAAGACUGAUAAUUCAGAGGUCUUCUGGAAUCCAACACCAGACAUUAAGCAGUGGAGAUUAAUAAGGCACACUGUAAAAUUUGAAGAGCAGGGAGAUUUUGAAUCAGAGAAACUCUGGCAGCGGGUAACUCGAGCCAUAAAUGCCAAAGACCAAACAGAAGCUACUCAAGAGAAGUACGUUUUAGAAGAAGCUCAAAGACAAGCUGCCAGAGAUCGGAAAACAAAAAGUGAAGAGUGGGCGUGCAGGUUAUUUGAGCUUGAUUCACUCACAGGAGAAUGGCAUUACAAGUUUGCAGAUACUAGACCGUGGGACCCACUUAAUGAUAUGAUACAGUUUGAAAAAGAUGGUGUUAUCCAGACCAAAGUGAAACAUCGCACUCCAAUGGUUAGUGUCCCAAAAAUGAAACAUAAGCCAACCAGGCAACAGAAGAAAGUGGCAAAAGGCUAUUCUUCCCCAGAACCUGAUAUCCAAGACUCAUCUGGAAGUGAAGCUCAAUCAGUAAAACCAAAUACAAGAAGAAAGAAAGGGAUAGAACUGGGAGACAUUCAAAAUUCCAUCGAAUCUAUAAAACAAACGCAGGAAGAAAUUAAAAGAAAUAUUAUGGCUCUUCGAAAUCAUUUAAUUUCAAGCACACCUGCCACAGAUUAUUUUCUGCAACAAAAAGACUACUUCAUCAUUUUCCUCCUGAUUUUGCUUCAAGUCAUAAUAAACUUCAUGUUUAAGUAGAAGUUCCUUACAGUUGAAUCAAUGAACUGGAAUGAUCAAAUUUAGCCUGGGACCAAUGUUCAAGUUGGUUUGGUCUUUGUUAAAAUGUCACAAUAUUUCUAAAACAAAAAUCUUAGAGAUAAAUGUAGAGGUAUUGACCUUUCAUACCUUUUUUCCUUAACCUGAAAUAAGAACUCUUGGUCAUUAAAGUGAGCUAUGUGUUAAGUGCCAGAACAUUUCUAGCUUUUGUGACAGUGUGUUUACAUGUGAGUAUAAUAAGUCCACAUGUACACACAAUUGUGUCUUAUGUAUACCUGACAGUAGUCUUUGUAUUCUAUAGUGUGUUCUGAGAUAUAACAUUAACAUUCAUAACAAAAAUGCUAUCAAUCUUAUAAAAUAUAUACAUAGCAAUCUAUUUUCUUCAUACAACAGGCACAAGACUUUUAUCAAUAAGGAAUUACAGAAUGGGAAAUGAUGGCAUAAUAGACAUAUUAUAAAUAGUUCAAAACACUGUCCUGUUAGAAAUAUAAUUUCCAAAGCACCCAGCUCAAUUGUGUUCUUAAAAACAGCAAGAAAAAAGUGUAGUUGAAAUUGGUGUACUGAGAGAGACAAGGUGGCAGAUUGCUUUUUUAAAGGUUUACACACAGUUUUUUUAACCCCUAGAAUUUUAAUAUUUAUAGAGACAGGUAUAAAUCUGUGUGUGUUUAUCGACAUAAAAAAACCGAUAUGCAGCUAUUUGGAUCUAUUGAUUAUAUCUUUCUUAUACCUAUAUAAUACCACCUUAAGCACUUGCUUAAAAAAUUGUGGUCAAAAUUGCUGUCCUUUUUUCUUAUUUUUGUUUCUUGUAACCCUGUUGGUCCAGUAGCAUAGGCCAAAUUCUAGAGUUGUUUAUAGGGCAUAUGAUAAUUCAUGUUUUUCAUUAUGAAAAACUUAUUUUAGCUUUCGUUUAGAACUCAGUGUAUUCAGUGAGUAAAUAGAAUAGAAAAAAUUAUAACCAAUAUUUUACUUCAAAAGCCAAAUAAGAGAAAGGCAGUAAGAAAAACUUUGUGUCGUAGCAUUUAUGUGUACAUUAAAAUUUAUUUCUUUAAAAUGUGCAAUAAGUUGAGCAUCUAAGAAGAGCAUCAAGUUCUGAGGUUUAAUUCUUUAUUCCUCUGUUCUCAGUAACUUCAUUCUGUGACAAACCACACUUCAAGAUUUUUUUUGUUCAGACUCAGGCACACUUUUUCCUAAUUUUUUUUCAGGUUAAUAUUUUAAUGUUUGUCAUAAAUAUUUAUAGCCCUCAGAAGCAAUUUUUGCAAAUGUAGCUAAGUUUAGGAACAUGUUGUCCCAAGAUAUGUCUUAGAAUCCUGAAAGUAUACCUUUCGGAAUGGUUAUUAAUGAAAAGUCAGAAUAAUUAUUCUGGCUACAUUUGCCUUUGACUAAGAAGAGACUGUGAGACACUAGCAAAAUUACAAUCAACUGUUUAUGCCAAGAUAUAUACAGUCAAGGAAUGAUUGCUAAAUUACAAAAAUUGAAAGUGAUAAAGAGCCUGCUUUUUUUCUCCCUUACCAAUUUAGCUAUCUUAAUAGUCUUCGGUUUUAAGAAGAGCCAUAUAGUUUGGGCAAAAUAAUGCUGUAUUCCAUAUGUACAUGUGAAAGCACUUUUUUAAAUUGACUGAAAUAUAAAUAAGAUGUACCUAUACCUGGUAUAAGUAUAGAUAUGUCUACACUAGAACAGGUGAGAUUUGUUUGUAUUUCAUACUUGUGUCGUUUUUGUCCUCACUCUCUGUUACCAAUGUCAUGCUCAACUGCCUAUUGAUUGAUAUAUGAUAUUUUGUAAAUAUUGUACAAUUUGAUCCUUUUUAUGGUUUCAAUUAGUAUUUAUAUAUAAGUUGAUUGGCUGAUCACAAAAAUAAUUUCAUCAUUAAACCCUGAAAACUUAAAAUUUUUUGCUGAUAACCCCCUUUUGGGGUUUUAGUCCUACCCACUUGUGUGUUCUUUUCAUUUGGUCAAAAUAGUGUUUUAUUUGUAUAGGUAUCUUCUAAGACUGGGAAGGUAGUUAUGUUCUUUAUGUUUUUCUUUUUAGAGCAGAUGUUUUGGGUUCUUAUUACUCAAGGAGUCAAAAACUUUCAUGAAAAAGAGCAGGGUUACUCAUGACUGUUUCUUAUACACUGAAAGCAUACAUCUAAUCUAAUAGUCUUCUUAUGCUUUUAGUUGUAUGAGUUCCUUUCUGUGAACUGAACACAAAACUCAGGAAUUGGUGGCUUAGUUUUUAGAUCAGUGGUUAUACUAGGCUUAGUAUGUGAAUCCUUUAAGACACGUAAUUAACUUUGUAUGUAGCCAUAUAUGUAAUUGACUUUGAAUGUUCCCUACCUGAGAUUAAUACUCCUUCAAACAUGGAUUCAUAAAAAUUGUGAUUUACAGUUCCCAGUUGUUUGAGAGCCUCAUGAUGGUUUCCAGGAUUUAAGAUCUUAUGACCACUUUUUUUUUCAUUUGAUCAAAAAUUUUAUUUUUUCACAUGAAAAUUUACAUGAGUAAUAAUUAUCGACAUGUGCAUUUGUUUUAGUUAUGCAAUGUACUAUGCCUUCAAUUAUCCACCAUUUAGUGAGGUGUAGCUGGCCCAGGAACAGAUAAUAAAUAGGGCAUGUGAAAUAAGUAAGUUUCAGCAAUAGCUGUUUCACUUGUAUUUCAUGUCAGUACUUUUUUGCAUCACUUUUAUAAAGGUACAGUGUAAUCCUUGUCACCAUUCCAUUGAAAAAGUUGGCCUUGUAAAAUACAACACUCAUUUAGUAUUCACGCUUUUGUGCCUUUAAGAAACUACUUUUUGUUAUUUUUGUGUUACAGAACUACAAUAUGAUUCUAAGUGUUUAUAGGCUUAACUGCCAUAAAGGGUCAUUUCUCUGUGUCAUUUUAUUUCCUUUUAUAUAGCUAUAGUAUAUUUAAACAGUAAUGCUGUACUUUUAUAAGGGUUUGUCUAUUUAACUAUUUCAAGUAUAUUCUUCACUCUCAGACAUCAUUGAAGUAGAUUUGUCAGAUUAUUCUGAGUAUUGUAAACAGUGCCUUUUUGAUGGAAUUCACACUGUUUUGGGUGUCAACUUGUGCCAUACUACACAUAAAAUUCUGUGGAAGGCAGUUUUAACUUUUUGAAGAAUAUCUUAGUCAACUACUUAAGAAAACAAAAUUCCAUUUUUUUCCGGUGUUUAGCAUUUCUAACGAGCAAUGAAUAUAUUUUUGAGUUUUUUUUUUUUUGGUUGAUAUACGGUGAUGAUGGCAAAAUUGAUGAGCCAUACCUGAUGCUGUAGAUGAUUUUGAAUUAUGUUAAAUGUACAGAAAUAAAAUACUAAUAUUAGCAUUUAUACCAAAUUUUCCAAUUUGAACCAGUAAGGGGUAACACCACACAAAUCACUGAGUUUACAUUUCAGCUUCUAUUUCAUGUGACUACAUGGAUAAAGAAAUUCUUUAAAAUGUAUAACCUGCCACUAUUGUGUCAUUUGACUUUAUGUAAUUUGACUUGAUUUUGUUUACGUAUAGUGUGUGAAUUUAGUAUAUUUAAGUUACUUUUUGUUACUCUUUAAUAUACUGUUUGUUUGGUUACAGUUUUUAAUUGAAGAUGGACUGUUAAAAUCGUAUAGGACCAGUGUCUGCUUAAUAUGAUUAACAUAUUUAGAAGAGCCACAAGAAACCCAUGACAAAAUGAAUGUGAACAUACUUUCUAAAAUGUUUAGAAAAUUUUAUCUUUUUGCAUUUAUCAUGUAAAAUUAUUUACUAUUACAAUAUUGAUGUUUAUUUAAAGAAAAAUGCCAUGAAACAUUUGAAUUGAUGAGCCACAGAAUUACUUCAGUUGAAAAUUUUUUCACUUUUUAGCAUGCUAAAUAUACAUUUAAGUUAAAUAUCCUGUUUAAUAGCUAUUUAUAAAUUCAGACACUACCACUGGUCAGUUUUGUAUAAUAGAGUAAAAAGUGUGUUAUCUGCAGUGUAAGUACAGCACACUGUCACAUCCUUUCCCUAAGGUGCAUAGUAGAUGUACAGAUAGUCAUAGGCAACUGUUUUGUAAUGUAUUACAUUUCUAAUCUAUUAUUCCUAACCUAUUAUAAAUGUUUGCAGAGACAAAAGAAUUGAAUUUUUCUAAUCUGUAAAAUUAUGCUAACUUCUACAGGUAGGCAUUCUGAAUAAAAUUCUAAAAA